AUGGUGCGUCGAUCUGUCUUGGUUUACGAUCUGCUUCGUACCGAACAGCCACCCGAUGGCUUUUCUAAGAAGGAGAUACUGACGCACAUCAGCAACAAAUAUGACAUAGCGAUCGGUAAGGUUCUUCGGAGAGACAUCACCGUCGCUUUACGUCGUGGUCUGGACUUUGGUAUACUCGCUAAGAAGAGAAACAAAUUCAGGUUUAAUCCUGACUUUUAUCAAACUACAAAUUCAAGACGUAAUAUACUAUCAAUAACUAAAAGACAGCGACAACAAAGACAAUCUCCGAAUCGUGGAAGAAGUAGAGAUCGUAAACAAUCGAAUCCGAUACCACAACCUAAAUUGCCCAGACCGCCUUCAUGGUCGCCAAAAAGACGAUUCCUCAAUGAGGAACCUAUACCGAAGGUCAAACAUUUCUAA